GCCGCCGGCGGCGCGGUGCAGUGCGUUGCGGCUCGGACAAGCAUUGCAUUGAACACACGAGUGUCAGACCGCGCGCCGAAGGCACGGUAUCACUGCCGAAUCGAUGUGAAUACGACGUGUGUAACGCGAGCGCGGGAAAUACAAAGAUGGUCUAAUCCAAAAUGGCAUUGUCUGGAGUGUCAACCCUGGCCACGUACGUCGCCGCGUGGCCGCCGCCCGGUCCGCUGCCCAGCUCUUUCCAGUUCCACCAUCAGGGCUCAAACUUCGCUAUAUUCGUGAUAUUUUUUGCCCUGUGCAUGAUGGAGGUGGUCGUGCUGAAGAUCAUCACGGAGGAGCAGAGAGACCAGGGCUCUCGGAGCGUCACCUCCAUGUGGUUCGACAUGGAUGAAGACUGAAUGACGAAAGUGCUGUGUUUUGCAAGUGAACAUUAAAAUAUGACACAAUCGACUCUCGUCGAUAACUUCUGAAACUAUUUCUUUAUAAGCAAAUAUUGAAAGUGUUCAACAUGAAGGACUGAUGUAAAAAAUAAUUAGUAGUAAAUAUAUAA